UGAUAUAUUGGAAGCUUUGGACGAAAACUGUAUUAGCCAGGAUAUAGAGACACACAAUACUAGUUUGUUUGAAUUAGGAUUUUGUUGUACAUUCAAAUAACAUAUAGGAACUGCUACAGUGUUACAUACAUCAGUGAUGAAGAUAUCUAUGCCGAGAAUAUGGAAAAUGAGACCAAGUAUAAAAUCAGUGUGUUUUGCUUGUUUUAUUUGUCUGCUACUAGUCUUCUAUAUUACAACAUCAAUGCUAGACUGUCCAAGUAUGGCUUUAAGACAAAUGUUCAAAAAGAGGGAUGACCUAGAAAAUAGCUAUUUAUAUAACCAACAAACAUUAAUCGGCAGACAGAAAGAGAGAAUUAUUGACGAUAAUGAUAAAGUAGUAUUAAUGUUAGAAUCAAGAAAGAUGUCUAGUACAACAAAGAAUAGUGCAGCCAGAAAACUGUUACGGGACGAUGUAAGCCGGAAACAGACAACAAUAGCGCCUGAAGCAGGACCAAUACCUAUCCUGUUGGUAACAUACAUGCGCAGUGGAUCAUCUUUCGUAGGGGAUCUGCUCAAGGCUUACCCCAAGACAUUCUACGCAUUUGAGCCCCUGCAUAUAUUACAGGUCGACGUGAGGAAACAAAGACCUAUACGAUACUUCGACGGGACGAUGAGAAGUAGGAACAAUUUCCUAGAACUAUCAGUUGAUACGAUAAGAGACCUGUCCAUGUGUAGGAUGGAACAACUACCACUGUCAUUUUACAGUGAUGGAUUCUUUACUGCCUGCACGGAUUCCUCGAAAUUCCACAUAUGCAUGAACGGAAGUAAAAUAGAAAAUGAUCUAGAAAGUGGAAGGAAAUGUUCACGUAUUCUUUCGAAAGCAUGUCAGAGAUCGGAAUAUUUUGUUACAAAAAUAAUACGUAUGCCUCUUUAUGCUUUGGAACCUCUCCUUGAGAAAAUUCCAAGAUUAAGAAUUAUUCAUCUACUAAGAGAUACAAGAGCGACAGUCUCCUCACAAGUCAACGCUGUUCGAUAUGCUAUGGGCAACCUCCAGCCUUCAGUUUUGAAAUUUUGCAACCGUGUGUAUGAUGAUAUCGUGACCAGGGAGGCUCUGGAAAGGAGAUAUCCAGGUCGACUGAUGACAAUUGAAUAUGAGGAUAUAAUUAAAGAGCCUAUUGAUUCCACGAAAAAACUUUACCAAUUUUCUGGUAUGAACUUAACCCGACAAGUACAGAAGAAUAUUCUACGAUUGUUUUCUAAAACCAGAAAAGGUGUCAACUUCACUGUGAUAUCUUCAAUAUGGCGGACAAAUCCUAAAAUGUCCGUAAUUAAAACAGUGGAUAAUAAUUGUCAACAGCUGUACACAAGAUAUGGUUUUAGAGUUUUGAAUGAACAAGAUUUAAAAAACGUUUCAGUAUCUUUGAAACUGAAAUCAGCACCAGCUUUUGAUGAUUUUAGAAAUGAAUAA